GGAAUACUUUUAAUGUCCUAAGACGCAUUGAAAAACAAAGAUGAGGAGAGUGAGUCAGCAGCAGCAUCCUCAACUCUCCAACCAUAUCUCUCUUAAUUUUCCUAAUCUAGUUUUUAAUUAUUUUUACUCUUAUUCAUCUCCCUCUAAAACUGCUCUUUCUCCCCCCUCAAAUUCAAUAUCACAAGUGCGUCGCAGGGAGAUUGUUUUGCAUGUAAUCCUACUGCUUCAUCAGAAAUAUGGAGGUUGGAGAUGCGGCUGCAGAUUUACUUCGGAGGAACUACAGACUUGGGAAAACUCUUGGGCAUGGUUCCUUUGGAAAGGUCAAAAUUGCGGAACAUGUUCGGACGGGGCACAAGGUGGCCAUUAAAAUCAUCAAUCGUCGGAAGAUGGGGGGUCCUGAGAUGGAAGAAAAGGUGAGAAGAGAAAUAAAAAUAUGUCGAUUGUUUGUGCACCCACAUGUGAUCCGCCUCUAUGAGGUUAUAGAGACACCAACAGAUAUAUAUGUUAUCAUGGAGCACGUGGUGAAAGGAGAGCUCUUUGAUUAUAUUGUGGAAAGGGGCAGGUUACAAGAAGAUGAAGCUAGAAACUUUUUUCAGCAGAUUAUUGCGGGAGUGGAGUAUUGCCAUAGAAACAUGGUUGUGCAUCGUGACCUUAAGCCGGAGAACUUGCUUCUUGAUGGAAAAGGCAAUGUGAAGAUAGCUGAUUUUGGAUUAAGCAAUAUUAUGAGAGAUGGGCAUUUUCUAAGAACAAGUUGUGGAAGCCCAAACUAUGCUGCACCUGAGGUUGUUUCUGGAAAACUUUAUGCUGGACCUGAAGUGGAUAUUUGGAGCUGCGGUGUCAUUUUGUAUGCUCUUCUUUGUGGGGCUCUUCCUUUUGAUGAUGAAAACAUUCCCAACCUCUUCAAGAAAAUAAAGAGUGGAGUGUACACUCUUCCAAGCCACUUGUCUGCUGGAGCUCGUGAUUUGAUUCCAAGAAUGCUGGUUGUGGACCCUAUGAAGAGGAUAACCACUCGUGAGAUACGACAGCAUCCUUGGUUCAAAGCUCAUCUUCCUCGGUAUUUAGCUGUGGUUCCACCCAAUGCAAUGGAACAUCUAAAAAGGCUUGACGAGGAGAUCAUUCAACAAGUUCUUAUGUUGGGAUUUGACAGGGGCCAGCUUAUUGAUUCACUACAGAGCAGGCUACAAAAUGAUGCUACUGUUGCAUACUAUCUACUAUUGGACAAGCGGUCCCCCACUGCAACUGGCUACCUCGGUGCUUACAUCCAAGAGUCCACGGAAGUUUAUUCUGGAGGACCUAAUCCAAAUGCUUAUGUACAAGCCUUUCCACUUGACCGGAAUUCGUCGCCUCGGAUCCCAAGAAAGAAGCAAUGGGCUGUCGGAAUUCAGUCCCCAGCACGCCCAGGUGAGAUAAUGACCCAGAUUCUCGGAGCUUUGCAAGGAUUAAAUGUCAGGUGGAAGAAGGUUGGGCACUAUAACAUGAAAUGCCUCUUCACUCGCGGCAUUCACAACCUAGACAAUACGGCCGCUAGUAACCACAUGAAUGACAACCAUUAUGUUAGUGGCAUAACUUCCAUCAGCACAAAUGGGUCGCAACCGAGCUCUGCUGUGAAGUUUGAAAUACAGCUUUACAAAACCAGCGAAGUGGAGUAUGUGCUUGAUCUACAGAGGCUGAGUGGUCCUGUGUUCCUCUUCUUGGAUUUCUGUGCCUAUUUCAUGAUGCGGCUCGACUUCAUUAGUAUGUUUACUUCUGACAAAAAGUUUGUAACGUCCAUGUAAAUAUUGCUUUACCUUAGACCACUUGUUAGGAUUUAAUUUUGUGUUGAAAUACGAAAUUAUAACUGGGUUUUGUAUAUAUUUGCAUAUAUUUUUGUAUACCACUCAAACCCUUGGCUUGGUUAAUAGACCGUGCAUUCAAUAAUAAAUUCUACCAAGUUUAUAUA